AGUGUAGAUAUUUGGGGUGACAGUCAGCUCUUUAUCUCUGCAUGCAAGGCCAGUCUGUGCAGAGGAGUGCUCCUGCUGUGGGCUGCAGGGAGCACUUCAUCCAGGCUCAGCAUUUCCUGUGCUGCCCUGGGGACAUGUUCAGAGCUCAGCUCUGACACCAGAAGUCUCUUUUCCUUCAGGAGUUGUGCCUUCUACUGCUACAGCCAUGGGUCAGUCCUCCUGUUCCACACCCUCUCAUGGAAACGGUGGUGAUUUGGCCUCCAGCUUUGAUAAGUUUUUUAAGAACUACAAGCAGGAAUGCAAAAUCAUCUCUCAGGAAGCCAUCAAGUCAAUUCAGUCAAGACUGAAGGAGGGGGACCUUCAGAGUGCAGUUUCUAUAAUCAGUGAUAUAUUGAGAGACAUCAAUAAUGCCCCACUGAGCAUUGCUGUGACUGGGGAGUCUGGGACAGGGAAGUCCAGCUUCAUCAAUGCCCUGCGGGGCAUGGGGGAUGAGGAAGAAGGGGCUGCCCCUACUGGGCCAGUAGAGACAACCUUUGAGAGAAAUAAAUAUAAACACCCAAAGUUUCCCAAUGUGACAUUAUGGGACCUGCCUGGCAUAGGGACCACUAACUUUGAGCCUCAUGAGUAUCUGGAGAAAAUGAAAUUUGGUGAGUAUGACUUCUUUAUUAUCAUCUCUGCUACACGCUUCAAACUCAAUGAUGCACAACUGGCUACAGCAAUUGGAAAAAUGAAGAAGAAUUUCUACUUUGUUCGAACUAAAAUAGACAGUGACUUACAUAAUCUAAAAAGGGGUCAACCCAACAAAUUCAAUGAACAUGAAAUCCUGCAAAGGAUCCGCAAUGACUGUGUGACUCAACUUCAGAAGGCCAAUGUGAGUGAUCCUCAGAUCUUCUUAGUUUCCAGCUUUGAGUUGUCUUGCUAUGAUUUCCAAAGCCUGGAGACCACCCUUCUGAGGGACCUCCCAGCCCACAAGCGCCACAUCUUUAUGCAACACCUGCCAAAUAUUACUGAGGCCAUCAUUGACUGGAAGAGUGAUUCCCUGAAACAGAAGGUCUGGCUGGAGGCCCUGAAGGCUGGAGCAUCGGCCACUGUCCCUUUGAUGGGCUACAUCAGUGAUAAAGAUGUACAGACUUUAAAGGACACUUUAACACUCUACAGGGUUUACUUUGGGCUGGAUGAUGCAUCCCUGAAAACCAUGGCCAAGGACUUUCAUGUGUCAUUGGAGAAACUCAAGGCAAACCUUACGUCUCCCCAUUUGCUAUCAAUUGAGAAGGAUGAUGGUUCUUUAGGGGAAAAACUGUUAAGAUAUGUGGAAAAAUUCUGCUCUGUUAGUGGAGGACCCAUUGCUGCUGGUCUUUACUUUAGGAAGAUUUACUAUGUGCAAAAUUAUUUCCUUGAGACUGUGGCAAGUGAUGCGAAAGUUCUUCUUAAAAAAGAGAUUUUUAAGGACUCUGAGGAACCUGGGCAAGCCUAUCUACCUCAGGAUGUUGGGAAUAAAAAUGGGAAAAGUAAGGCAGCCAGCUCCUGAAUUAUUCUCAGUGUUGGCAUGGCACUGGUGCCUGGAAAGAUAACUUAGGGUUUCCUUUAAGCAUUCUGACCCACUGCCCUCAAGGGUAUCACAGAUAUUUCCAUAAUACACUCUUGAACAAACUAUGAACUUAGUGACUAUUAUUUGACAGUGAGAGCAAUGAGCUCUAAAGAAUCCUUCCUUCAUAUGAUCCUUCAUAUGAUUCUUUUGGAAAAUAUGAAGGACAGUAAUCUGGAAUUUUCUGCUUAGCAGAGAGAAUAACUCUGUGUGAUGGUUACUUCAUGCACAGCACUGGUCUUUCUACUGACAUACUAG